CAAUAUUUUCCAAAGAUGAUUUUUCUCUCUUUGUUCCAUUCAAGGACGUCACAAAAGAAUGUUGAUGAACAACGAUCGUUGAUUGAUCGUGUUGAAACGACCAAUUGUUUUAUGGGAAAAGAAAAAGUAGUCAAGAAAAGUAAGCGUGUCCUGAUAAAACUUUUAAGCAGGGCAGGCACAGGUUAUUUCUAUACCAAAAGUAAGAAUACUAGGAACACCCCUGGAAAGUUGGAGUUGUUAAAGUUUGAUCCCAUCGUUGGAAAGCACGUAUUAUUUACAGAAACCAAGUUGAAGUAAAUCAUUAGUAUCAUUGACACAUCGGAAUAUUCUGUUUGUUAAUAAUAUUAGAGGAAGGAUUUGUUGCUUAGAUACUCGUAUAAACUGGAAGAGUUCUUUAAUGA